AUGAAAUCAUUAUUUUUGUUUCUAUAUCUCUUUACAAUUAUAGUAGUUUGUCAAAAAACCAUUCCAUUAAGUAAAUUUCAAGACUUGAAGAAGAAGAAUAAUUUGAUUAUUAGUACAACUUAAAUUCAUAAAACAUAAUCUUAAAAUACUUAAUCUGAGGAUUUAUUGAAGAAGAGCUAACCAAAAAAAAAACCAUCAAAAUGGCAAUUUAAAGAAUCUCAGUUAUAAAUUUUAGAUCUUUUAAAACCUUUGUUUGGUGUAAUAAAAUUUAUAAUUAACGAUCUUAGUUAAGAAAAAAAGAUUAAAAUAGAGAUUAAAAUGGCAAAGUAAUAAAUCAAAAUAUGGAAAAAGAGAUUUAAUAAUCAAAUAAUACAGAAAAAAUUGUAAAUAAAAGCACGGAAAAUGAGCAAUUAUUAUAUAUAUGGGAUUAAAAAAUGGGGGAUUUUGAACCUGAAGUUACGCUAACUUUUGAUUUAAGUCCUGGAAGUAGUGAAGUAUUUUUCAAUUAAUUUUAAGGUAUUUUUCGAAGAAAUCUUAAAACCUACAACUAUAAAAGGAGCAUUUUUCAUUUCAUAAUUAUAGAAAGAAGAAAAAAUUGAUUUUUAUAUAAAAUCUUCAAAUAAUACAUUGAUUUAUUCAAAAGAGAGAGUAACAGAAGCAAUAUUUAAUAUUGAUCUUUUAGAAAAAGGAGAAUACUAAUUUACAUUUUAGAAUAAAAGAGUAUGAGAAUCGCUAUAAAUUUAGACAAAAAAAACAUAAACAAUUACAUUUACUUUAGAUGUACAUGAUUCAGAAUAGGAAUUUUUGAAAAUGGAAGAUUUAGACCCUUUAGCAUUAAAAAUAGAAAGAAUAGCAAUGGCUAUGAAAGUAUAAAUUAAAUAUAUAUAGGAUAAUUAUUAUUUUGAUAAAAUAACAGGAUAACAAUUUGAAGGUUAUUUAAGAGAAAUCUAAAAUUCAAAUAAUAAAUUGUUUUUGUUUAGUUUUAUUGAAAUUGUAGGUCUAAUCUUUAUUACAAUUUGGUAGGUGUACUACUUAAAAAGAAUUUUAGGUAAUCAAAAAUUAUUUUGA